AUGACGUCCCCCGAGGUUCAUCACCUCUUUCACCGUCCGAUUGCAGAUCACUCAUUUUCUGCCGACAAAGAUAUCCUCGCUGUCGCCAAGGAGAAUGUCGUAGAUCUCUACCAGAGAUCAGGUUCCAAGUUUGCUUUGACCGACGAAUUGAAGGGCCAUGACAAGACAGUAACCGGCGUGGACAUUGCUCCACGCAGUGGAAGGAUCGUUACCUGCUCUCAGGACCGAAAUGCGUAUGUUUGGGAGCGCACCUCGUCCGGCUGGAGGCCCACGCUUGUACUGCUGCGUAUCAACAGGGCAGCCACUUUUGUUCGAUGGUCGCCGUCCGAACAGAAGUUUGCUGUUGGGUCCGGCGCACGUGUUAUCGCUGUGUGCUACUUCGAAGAGGAAAAUGACUGGUGGAUUUCGAAGCAUUUGAAGAAACCUAUUCGUAGUACAAUUACUACGUUGGCAUGGCAUCCCAAUUCCGUUCUCUUGGCUGCCGGAUCGACCGAUUCUCAUGCUAGAGUGCUGUCGAGCUACAUUAAAGGCGUCGACGAGCGACCGCAACCAACAGCAUGGGGAGAACGCUUGCCAUUUAACACCGUCUGUGGAGAGUUUUUGAAUGAUUCUGCUGGUUGGGUUCAUGGUUGCGCGUUCUCACCUAGCGGGGAUUCCCUGGCGUUUACAUGCCACGAUAGUAGCGUCACUAUUGUCUAUCCAAGUGCUCCAGAUCAGCCUCCGCGAGCGAUGUUAAACGUUAGCACCCGGUUGCUGCCAUUCAUGUCUUUGAUCUGGAAUGGAGAAAAUGAGAUUAUAGCGGCGGGCCAUGACUGCGAAGUGUAUCGGCUUAGUGGUGACGAGCGAGGUUGGAAAUUAACGGGGUCUGUGGGGACGAAGUCCACCCAGGGUACUGGCGCUGCCCGCGAAGAAUCUGCGCUGAAUAAGUUCCGGCAGAUGGAUUUGAAGGGCAGUACUAAAGACGACUCGAGACUUGAGACAUUGCAUCAGAAUACCAUAAACACUAUACGUGUUUAUGAAGAGGCAGGAGAGACUGUGAGAAAGUUUAGCACCAGCGGUGUUGACGGACGAGUUGUAAUCUGGCAGCUUUAG